AUGUCCUCUAGCAAUGACUGUCAGCCCCAGUCCCUGACCAAACCGGCACUUGGGGAGAGAGAGGCAGCUGAAUUGGUUGACAGGGUGUUUGGAUUGAAGGUGUCCUGGAUCAGGUCACUCCCCAGCUAUGAUGACCAGAACUUCCACGUGCGUGUCUCAGCUGCAGGGGCUGCUGAGUAUGUCCUCAAAAUCACCAAUUCAGAAGACAGCCAGGAGCCUGACCUCAUCGAAGCACAGACCCGGGCCAUGAUGUUUCUUAGUGCUGAAGGCUUCCCUUCAGCCACUCCUUACCUGACAAAACAUGGCAACAUCAUGUCUCUGGAGUCGGGAGGUACUAGACCUGGGAGCAAGAAGUACAUGGUCAGACUGCUGACUUACCUGCCAGGUACACCAGUAGCAAAAAUCACUGCCAAUGCUCAGAUUCUCUAUGAGAUUGGGAGGCUCGCUGCCAGCAUGGAUAAAGUGCUCUCAGAGAAAUUCCAGCAUCCAUCAGUAAAAAGUCUGCACCGAGGUCAAUUCAUUUGGAACCUGGCAAAUGUUCCUCUUCUGGAUCAGUAUAUUUAUGCCUUGGGCCAGAACAAAUACCGUGCAGUGGUGGAGCAAGUUAUUGAGCAGUUUAAAGGCAAAGUAAUACCCAAGCUAAGCAGCUUCCGAACCUGUAUCAAUCAUGGAGACCUUAAUGACCACAACAUUCUAGUAGACUCCAGUUCUGCUUCCCUGGAGAAUCCCCAGUACAGAGUGUCUGGCAUCCUGGACUUCAGUGACAUGAGUUAUGGGUAUUACGUGUUUGAGGUCGCAAUAGCCAUUAUGUACAUGAUGAUUGAGAGCCCAGAGCCUCUGAGUGUUGGGGGACACGUUCUCGCAGGGUUUGAGAGCGUCGUGCCACUCACCCCCGAGGAGAGGGGUGCCCUCUUUCUCCUGGUGAACGGGAGGUUUGCGCAGUCCCUCGUCAUCGCCGCCCACACGGCUCUGCUGUACCCAGAGAACAAGGAGUACCUCACAAUCACGGCCAGAACUGGCUGGAAACACUUAAUGACGAUGUUGGAGGUGGGCCAGGAAGCUGUGGAGAGGACGUGGUUUGAGACUACCCAGGCGUACACAGAGCACACUCCCGUCCUGUCGGUGCGCCGCUGCUGA